AUGUGGAACACCUCCGUCCUGGAAGAGCUCAACGACGCCAUGUUUCUCCGCCUCGCGCCGGCCAUCGCCGUCUUCAUCGGCCUGAUGGUCGUCGGCGUGGUGGGCAACAUCUUCGUCUGCUACAUCUUCAUGAAGAAACUACGCAAGACGACCCAGAAUUUUCUCCUUCUCUGCCUGGGGUUCUUCGACCUGGUCAGCACGGUCGUGGGGAUCCCGUCAGAGAUCUGGGACAUGAGGCACUAUUACCUGUACGACUCGUCGCCGUGGGCGUGUAAAUCUAUGAGGUGGGUGCUUUUAAAAUAUUAAUUUUAAAAAAAAAAUUGUGAAUUUGAUACAUUUCAUUUUCUGGAGGAAAUAGCUAAAAAAAAAAAAAUAGCUUAAGAAAUAUUUUAAUUUAAGGUAAAUUUGAUAUUGAUAAUGUUAUGAAAUAUUGUGUUUGAGACCGAUAGAUAGAUAGAUAGAGAGAUAAAGACAAAGAGAGUAAGAGAUAAAGAAAUAGAGAGAUGGAGGGAGGGAGGAAGAGACAGGAGUAGAGUUGGAGAGGGAGAAUGAGAUUGAGAGAAAAUGGCGUGAGAUAAAAGAUUAACGGUUACCUACUAGUAGGUAGUAUACGUAUUUAGCAGUCAUAUACUUAUGACUUUAUGUUAGUUAGGACAUGUGUUUAUCAUUCAUAUACUUAUAAAAUUAUGUUAGCUUAUGGAAUUAAAUAAUACUUUUAAAAAAAAAAUUAUUCAAAAUGGAAAGCCUUAAAGAAAGUUUACUUACAAUUACAGUACUAAUCUAAUAGGCUUGGUGACUAGAAAUCAAAGAACAAAAAAACCAAAGAAACUAAUGCAAUGGGACUUUUGAUGGCUAAUCCACUAGUCCUGGUUAUCAAUUGAAAAGUGCACCAUUAUAAAUUUAAUCAACUAAGUAAUAUUGUACCUAUUAUUUAAAGGUAUUGUUUUCCAUUUCCCAGAUUCCUGACCACUCUUCCGUCAUUUGCGUCCAUCAUGGUUCUCAUGGUCAUUGCUGUUGACCGCUAUCGUAAAGUCUGCAAGCCCCUUCACGGCCAGAUCCACAUCACCUACGCCAAAAUCGCCAUCAUCGCCAUCGUCAUAGUUUCGGUCAUCUUCUCCGUGCCCGCCCUUUACAUCUACGGGCACAGAACCUUUCAGACGCCAUUAGCGGGCGUCUACGGCCAUGACUGCUCAGUGGAUGACUACUUCCGGGACAAGUCGUACCCUCUGAUCUACGAAGCCAUCCUGGCCUCACUUUUUGUACUUUUCACCGCCGCGCUGGUCUCGCUCUACAUCCGGAUAUGGAUGGAGACGCGACGACACCGGAAGUACAUGAAAACACACGCC